AUGCCGCAACAACGAGAACCACUCAUACAAGAACAAUUCAUCCGCAACAAGAAAAACUGGAAUGGUGUUUGGUUUAUUAGUCAAGUAGGCCGUAAGAUCUACAGAGUUGAAGCACUCCUGAUCAUCAUUGUGGGGGAGGUACAGACUGAGGAAUGUUCCCUCUGCCAGAGUGGCAUCGGUCCAUUCCCCCAUUGCAUCAAGCUUCCCGGGCCGAACGCUUUUAUCUCCGCUUGUGUGAAUUGUCAUUACGUUCAAUUGGAUUACAACUGCUCUGAUAUUACGGGAAGUACAAACCUGUAUUCAUCCUCCGUUCGACAUCUUCCAUCUAACCGUCAGUCCCGUCCACGCAACCGAAUUGGCAUCACUCGGGUGCAGACUCUUUCUCUUGAACUCACUAUACAACAAAGAGCUCAUGCCGACCUGCUUACUCGGAUCGAUCUCGCUAUUGCCUACUUCGAGAACCACGUUGGCACCAAGAUGGAGGCCGGCAACAACAAUGUCCGUCGUGCUCGCAACUAUGCCGGCAAAGGAUAUCCCCGCUCAUUGAUUGCUGAAACUACUCAAGCCGCACGAGAUUCCCUGAACGAUGCUGCGACGAACCAUACGAUUGGAAUUGGCAAGCUGAAGGAUAUUCGGGAGCAACUGGCGACUUUGUGCGACCGAGAUGAUAAGCUUCAAGGCCAUCUACGCGAAUCCCUUUGA